CUUCCGGUUCGAGCGGUGAUCGAUGAGCGAGGAAAUGACAAAUAAGAGACUUGGGAUGUACCCCUAGUCGCUGGCGCGAGAGGGCCAACUCCAUGGCAACAGUCCACCAACAACACUUUUGAGACAGGCUAAUAUGGCGGAGCCCAGGAUGGAAAAACUCAAAGUGUCACCUCACGUUAGAAGAGUUUUUAUCAACAACAUAGACUCGUACGCGUCCAAAUGUAUUGCUCAGUGUUUGUCUGAACAUGUGGCCGGACAGACGGAGACUGAGGAAGAGGAGAGGGUGAAAACGCGAGCUUUUCACGUUGUAGGAACUGUUUCUGGCAAAUAUGACGUGGACAUUCCAUAUGUCCUGGAGGAGUAUUUACAACCGAACAGGGAUGAGCUACUUGCAAAGCUGAUGGACUGCAACGUUGUCAUCUACAACAUUACCCAGCAUGCUGAGCAGGUGGACGAAGCCCUCUGGGCCGUUUCAGCUCUCCACAAUGAAAUGGGCCAUUUUUCUGGAUCAAAGAUGUUCAUCCUCGUCUCCACAGUGAUGACCUGGGCGUGCAGCAAGCCAGUCGAUCCUGAUGUCCCUUUCACUGAUGAGGUUUUCUGGGGAAGAAAAGCACAUCCCAACUUCAAACCACACAUUGACCUGGAGAAGAAGGUGGUCAAAAUUGGAAAAACUAACAGGACAUUGUUCUCUACAUACGUGGUGGCGUCAGGACUUCAGUACGGGAUGGGAGAGCAUGUCUUCCACUACUUAUUCAAGGCAUCAUGGCUAGGACAAGAAUAUGAAAUACCUGUCUUUGGAGAUGGGACAAACAUUGUCCCCACGAUUCACAUCAGUGACCUGGCAAGUGUGAUUCAGAAUGUGAUUGAACAUCAGCCCGAGCCGUAUUACCUUCUAGCUGUGGAUUUUUCCAACAAUACCUUGGAGGACAUUGUGAAGGAAUUUACCUCAAUAAUUAGACCAGGGAAGGUCCAGAAAAGGCCAUUUGAGGAGGCCUUUCUCACUAAGGACUUGAGUACAAUGGAAAUUGAUUCCUUGCUUGUCAACCUACGCAUGGAGGCUGUCCAUAUCAAGGAACUGUUCUCUAUCAACUGGUUUUGUGAGACUGGUCUGGUGGACAACAUAGAGCUGGUGGGAGAGGAAUACCAGAAAGCCAGGGGACUAAUGCCCAUCCGCCUGUGUGUAUUGGGGCCUCCUGCAGUGGGGAAGAGCACGGUGUCAAGACAGAUCAGUGAAUACUAUAAACUCCAAUACAUCACACUGAAGGAGACCAUCUCUGAAACCAUCUCACAACUGGAAGAUAAUGUGAGGAAUGCUGAUCCAGAUGCAGAGAAUGAGGACUCUGCAGCAGAGGCCAAGGAGCUUCUGAACAGCUUGAAGGACAGUAUGGAGCAGAACGGAGGUUUUUUGGAUGACCAGCUGUUGAUGAAGGUGGUGAGGAACAAGCUGAUGUCUAAUCCAUGCAGAAAACAAGGUUUUGUUCUGGACGGCUUCCCCAAGACAUAUGAACAAGCUCAAGAGCUCUUCUAUGCUGAAGAACAUGAAUCAGAAGACAGAGCAUCCCAGAUGUCUUCAUACAGCAAGAAGAUGAUGCCAGAGUUUGUGUUGUGCCUGGACGCGUCGGACGUCUUCCUGAAGGAUCGGGUGAUGAUGCUGCCUGAGAGGCUGGUACGGGACCACAACUACGAGCAGGAGCACUUCCUGCGACGACUGGCCAGAUACAGAGGGAAUAACGAGGAGGAGGAAACUGUUGUAAACUACUUUGAUGAGCUGGACAUCACCCCUCUGUACCUGGAGAUCACCAGUAGCGAUGAACCUGACUGCCUGCUGCUGAUGCAGAAGAUCCUCGACAUGGUGGGCCAGCCCAGGAACUACGGCCUCGCCAGCCAGGAGGUGGAGGAAGAGGAGAGGGGGAAGGCUGAGGAGAAGAUGAGGAGAGAGGCCCAGGAGAAAGCUGAGGAGGAGAGGAAGGAGGCAGAGGAGGCCAAACACAGGGCUGCACACUGGGAGGAGUGGACUAAGAGUUUGGAGGAGGUGAUGAAGCAGGAGGAGGAGGUGCUGGAGGCCAAGUUGCUCCCCAUGAGGAACUACCUGAUGGAGCAUGUCAUGCCCACUCUGACCCAGGGCCUGAUGGAAUGCUGCACAGCCGGACCACAGGACCCCGUGGACUUCCUGGUAUUACCCUCAGCACUGGUAUUAACUCAUUCUUAUCAUCUGUCUUCUUGGUUUUGAUCACAAUCAUCUCUUUUGGUUUGACUUGUUCCAGGCGGAGUUCUUGAUGAAGAACAAUCCCUUCAACUACUGAAAGUGGAGGCAAUUUCCUCUCGUUCUACCUGAUGCAAAUACAAAACAAACAAAAUAAACUGGAAAAAAAAACUCCUUGUCACUGUAUUUCAGCCGUCACACGCCAAGUGUCCCUCUGUUAAUACUGGGAUUUUGAUUAGAUCUGAUUUGUAAGUGGCCCAUUCCCCUGCCCCUCUUGUAUUUAUACACAGCUUUGUUUGGGCUCAUGUGUGUGUAGCAGUUGUGUACUCUCUCGUUUGCGUUGUGUUUAAUUCAGGCACACUUGAUGUCUUUAUGGCUCCAACCAGACGUUUAUUCAUAGCACAGCAUAUAGAUAGCUCAUCUGGUAACAAACAGAACCUCGUGGUUACAAGCUCCGGAACACACGGAGACAGCUUGCUUCAGACUGCUUUUACAUGUAAAUAAAAUGACAUUUCAGUUAUUCAGGUAUUUCAUACCUGGUAACAAACAUAACGAUUUCAGUUAUUCUCACAGCCCACCUCGUGGUUACAAGCUCCGGAACACUGUCAAAGUAAAGAGACAAAUGCUGUUGUUAGCAUGUUACUAAUGCUAAAUGCUAAAUCAGUCAUCAGUUUAAAACAUUUGCUCUAGAAAUUAUAAAU